GCUAGCGCUCUCCAGGCCAGCGCUGGUGGCCCCUCGCCGACACCCUGCGGACCCUUGGAAGACCCUGGCGGCGGCGGCGGCCUGCCUCGCUCUCCCUGGAACCAUGAGUGAGGCUCGCAGAGACAGCACGAGCAGUCUGCAGCGCAAGAAGCCCCCCUGGCUGAAGCUAGACAUCCCGGCUGCAGCACCCCCAGCAGCAGAGGAGCCCGGCUUCCUGCAGGUAGGCCCUGACCAGCAGGAGCUGUGGGUGCACACUCUCAUCCAUUGCCCUUACCAUGACCCUAUUGCCCAGCCCCUGAGGCGCCAGGCUUUCCUGCGGAGUGUGAGCAUGCCAGCUGAGACAGUCCAUGUCCCUUCACCCCACCCUGAGCCCCGGAGGCCCGUGCUGCAGCGCCAGACAUCCAUCACACAGACCAUUCGCAGGGGGACAGCUGACUGGUUUGGAGUGAGCAAGGACAGCGACAGCACCCAGAAAUGGCAACGCAAGAGCAUCCGUCACUGCAGCCAGCGCUAUGGGAAACUGAAGCCCCAAGUCAUCCGGGAAUUGGACCUGCCUAGCCAGGACAAUGUGUCGCUGACCAGCACUGAGACACCACCCCCACUAUAUGUGGGGCCAUGCCAGCUGGGCAUGCAGAAGAUCAUAGACCCCCUAGCCCGUGGUCGGGCCUUCCGGGUGGCAGAUGAUGCUGUGGAUGGCCUGAGUGCCCCGCACACGCCCAUCACGCCAGGUGCUGCCUCCCUCUGCUCCUUCUCCAGCUCCCGUUCAGGUUUCAACCGGCUCCCGCGGCGGCGCAAGCGUGAGUCGGUGGCCAAGAUGAGCUUCCGGGCAGCAGCAGCACUGGUGAAGGGCCGCUCGAUUAGGGAUGGCACCUUGCGCCGGGCUCAGCGCCGAAGCUUUACUCCGGCCAGCUUUCUGGAGGAGGACACAGCUGAUUUCCCAGAUGAGUUGGAUACAUCCUUCUUUGCCCGGGAAGGUAUCCUCCACGAGGAGCUGUCCACGUACCCAGAUGAAGUGUUUGAGUCCCCCUCAGAAGCAGCGCUCAAGGACUGGGAGAAAGCCCCAGAGCAGGCAGACCUCACCGGUGGGGCCCUAGACCGCAGUGAGCUUGAGCGCAGCCACCUGAUGCUGCCCCUGGAGCGUGGCUGGCGGAAGCAGAAGGAAGGCAGUGCAGCAGCCUCACAGCCCAAGGUGCGGCUUCGGCAGGAGGUAGUGAGCACCGCGGGGCCCCGCCGGGGCCAGCGCAUCGCGGUGCCUGUGCGCAAACUUUUCGCCAGAGAGAAGCGGCCGUAUGGGCUGGGCAUGGUGGGACGGCUCACUAACCGCACCUACCGCAAGCGCAUAGACAGCUAUGUCAAGCGCCAGAUAGAGGACAUGGAUGACCACAGGCCCUUCUUCACCUACUGGCUCACCUUCGUGCACUCACUGGUCACCAUUCUAGCCGUGUGCAUCUAUGGCAUCGCGCCCGUGGGCUUCUCACAGCAUGAGACGGUGGAUUCGGUGCUGCGGAACCGCGGGGUCUAUGAGAACGUAAAGUAUGUGCAGCAGGAGAACUUCUGGAUCGGGCCCAGCUCGGAGGCCCUCAUUCAUCUGGGCGCCAAGUUUUCACCUUGCAUGCGCCAGGACCCGCAGGUGCACAGCUUCAUCCAUGCGGCCCGUGAGCGGGAAAAGCACUCGGCCUGCUGCGUGCGGAAUGACAGGUCGGGCUGCGUUCAGACCUCGGAGGAGGAGUGCUCGUCCACCCUGGCAGUGUGGGUGAAGUGGCCCAUCCAUCCUAGCGCCCCAGACUUUGCAGGCCAAAAGAGACAGUUUGGCUCUGUCUGCCACCAGGAUCCCAGGGUGUGUGAUGAACCCUCCUCUGAAGAUCCCCAUGAGUGGCCAGAAGACAUCACCAAGUGGCCAAUCUGCACCAAAAACAGUGCUGGAAACCACACCAACCAUCCCCACAUGGAUUGUGUCAUAACAGGCCGGCCCUGCUGCAUUGGCACCAAGGGCAGGUGUGAGAUCACCUCCCGGGAAUACUGUGACUUCAUGAGGGGCUACUUCCAUGAGGAGGCCACACUCUGCUCUCAGGUAGACCUCCAGGGUGAGGGUGUACUCCUCUUCCCAGCCAUUGUGGGUGCUGAUGGGCUGCUCCCACAGGUGCACUGCAUGGAUGAUGUGUGUGGGCUCCUGCCUUUCCUCAACCCGGAGGUGCCUGACCAGUUCUACCGCCUGUGGCUGUCCCUUUUCCUGCACGCUGGGAUCCUGCACUGCCUGGUGUCCGUUUGCUUCCAGAUGACCGUCCUGCGGGACCUGGAAAAGCUGGCAGGCUGGCACCGAAUAGCCAUCAUCUACCUGUUGAGUGGUGUCACUGGCAACUUGGCCAGUGCCAUUUUCUUGCCAUACCGGGCAGAGGUGGGCCCAGCGGGCUCGCAGUUUGGCAUCCUGGCCUGCCUCUUUGUGGAGCUCUUUCAGAGCUGGCAGAUUCUGGUGCGGCCCUGGCGUGCCUUCUUCAAGCUUCUCGCCGUGGUGCUCUUCCUCUUCACCUUUGGGCUGCUGCCCUGGAUCGACAACUUUGCCCACAUCUCAGGCUUCAUCAGUGGCCUCUUCCUCUCCUUUGCCUUCCUGCCCUACAUUAGCUUUGGCAAGUUUGACCUGUACCGUAAGCGCUGCCAGAUCAUCAUCUUUCAGGUGGUCUUCCUGGGACUCCUAGCUGGACUGGUGGUCCUCUUCUACUUCUAUCCUGUCCGCUGUGAGUGGUGUGAGUUCCUCACCUGCAUCCCCUUCACUGACAAGUUCUGUGAGAAGUAUGAACUGGACGCUCAGCUCCAUUGAGCUGGCUGCCAGCAUGGGCAGCCAUGCACUCCAGCAGGCCAGAGCCAGAUGGGCACGAUCACCCUUAGCCUCACAGGCAUGUGGGACUUGCCAGUUUCCUGAACACAGAUCCUUUGUGCCUUGUUCAUGUCCGUUGAACCUUUCAUACUGCUGGGCAUUUUUUAUGCUAUUUCCUGUGAUAACCUUCUAAUAACUAGUCUCUUGACGACCACCUCAAGUGGCCAAUAAAUGGACUGGGAGCGUUUUAGCUGCCACUAACUUGA